ACCUUAUAUUUUUCUAUACCUGAUUAUAUGAUAUCUGUGACUAUAUUAUUAAUCUGUUAUCAAUAAUCAUUAAAGUUGCGCCUGUCAAUAGUCUUUACACUUUUCGAUUUUCUAAUUUUAAUAAAAUAUUCUUAACAUUAAUUCAUUAAUAAAUUAAAUUUGACUAUAUUUUGAUCAGUGGUUACUAUUACUCAUUAUGGACCUGAUUCAAUCUGUUAAAUUGUAUAUAGUUAAAAUGACAGAAGAUUGUGGUCCUGGAAUGAAAGUACUACUUAUGGAUAAAACAACUACUAGUAUAGUGAGUGCGGUUUUUAGCCAAUCUGAAAUACUUCAGAAAGAAGUAUAUUUAUUUGAACAACUAACUCCUAAUAGUAGUUCAGACAACAUGUAUCAUAUGAAAUGUAUAACAUUUCUACGGCCAACUAAAGAAAACAUUUCUUUACUAUGCAAAGAAUUACGUAAUCCUAGAUAUGGUUAUUAUUAUAUAUAUUUUAGUAAUAUAAUUUCAAAAACUGAUAUCAAAACAAUUGCUGAAAGUGAUAUUCAAGAAGUUGUUCGUGAAGUACAAGAAUAUUAUGCUGAUUACUUGGCAAUAUCUCCUCAUCUUUUUUCAUUCAAUAUUCCAUCUUGUGGGCAAUGUUUGUCUUGGGAUCCACUCCAGCUUACACGUUGUACACAGGGCAUUAUUUCUGUUUUAUUAUCAUUAAAAAAAUGUCCAUUAAUAAGAUUUCAAGCAUCUUCAAAAAUGAGUAAACAACUUGCUGAAAAAGUUAAAGACAUAUUUUCAAAAGAAGAAAAUCUUUUCAAUUUAAAGCAGGGAGACAUUCAGCCUCAGUUACUCAUACUUGAUCGAAGAGAGGAUCCAGUUACUCCACUGUUAAUACCGUGGUCUUAUCAGGCUAUGGUUCACGAGCUGCUAACUAUAAAUAAUAAUCAAGUAGAUUUAAGCCAUAUUGAAGACAUAAAACCAGAUCUUCAAAAACUAUUACUGUGUGCUGAACAAGAUGAUUUAUACAAACAAAAUAUAUACAAAAAUUUUGGUGAAAUUGGUGAGAUUAUGAAAUCUUUAAUUGAUGAUUUUAAGUCUAAAGCAAAGGAUCACAAAAAACUUGAUACAAUAUCAGAUAUGAAAGCUUUUGUUGAAAACUAUCCCCAAUUUAAAAAAAUGUCAGGUACAGUUGCCAAACAUGUAGUAAUUAUGGAACAACUAUCAAAUUAUGUUUCAAAAAAAAAUCUCUUAGAAGUAUCUGAACUUCAACAACAAAUUGCUUGUGAUAUCCAAUCUUCUCAACAUACUCAGAAAAUUAGAGAGCUCAUUGAAAAGAAUAUACCUGAAGAAGAGGCAAGUAAACUUGUAAUGCUGUAUGCUAUUAAAUCUGUUAGCAAGGAUAGUAAUAGAGAAUUAACAAGUUUAAUACAGUUAUUAAAAUCAAAAAAAGUUGCUGAACAUUGGAUAGAGCUUGUGCAUGAUAUAAUGAAAUACCAAAGUAAAACCAUUUUAGAUAAUGAAAAUACAUUAAAAAAUGCAAAACAAAUAACAAAACGAUUCUACAAGGAUUUAAAAGGAGUUGACAAUAUAUUUACGCAACAUGUUCCAUUAAUAAAGGAAUUAGUCGAAGAUUUGAUAAAAUCAAAAUUAAAAGAAGAACAAUAUCCAUUCUUAAGUGAAAUAAAUCAACCAAUGAAGAAGGUUCAAGAUGUAAUUGUUUUUGUAAUUGGUGGUGUCACAUAUGAAGAAUCAAUGGCAAUUUAUAAUCUAAAUACAGCUAACCCACAUGUUAGAAUUAUAUUGGGUGGUAGUACGGUACACAAUUCCUCUAGUUUUUUAAACGAAGUAAAAUUGGCUACAUUUGGAGUGAUUAAGAAUAGAACUGGAUCUCGAAAAUUAUAAUUUGUCCAAAGAGAAUAAGUACACUAAUAUUACUUAAAUUUAGUAACUACUAUGUAAAUGUUAA